UACGGUACCAGGUAUGAUUGUACGUAAACUGCAUUGACUGACUGUCAGUUUCUCUGGGGGAUUGGAUAUGCCAAGAAAACACCAUGGCAAUGAAUGCAGUGAAUGCAGAGCUGAAGCAAGCCAGGAAAAAAUUAGAGGAGGCGCUUGGUGAUAACCUUCCUGCUUACUGGAUGGUGAUGAAACAGUGGUAUCGUCAGAAAGUAGACAAAGAUGAAUUUGACAAUGAAGCCAUACGAUUGCUGACAGAGAGGAAUGUCCACCUGCAUAAUGAGUUUAUGGUUGCUAUCUUUACAAAGUGCCAAACUGCCAACUUCAUCCUAGACUCCAAUGCAGGUAAAGGAGCAACUUCCGCUGUUACGCCACCAACUCCAGCACCAAGCAAAGUGGCGAAGAAGACAAAGAGCACCAAGAAGAAGAAAGCUGUUGUGAGAGCCACUUUUGAGAAUCGCUUCAUGCCCAGUGAUCCUAUGCAGUAUCUACCAAUCGAAGUGUCGAAGCCUGUAGCCAACGAUAAAGUUGAUUUCUGUACCAAGGCAGCUUGCCUACCAGAUGCUGAAAUGCUUCAUGGAAGAGUGUUUGUGACGACCUGGGAAUGGGGCCUGGAGGGUGUCACAGAUUCCACUGUUCCUCUUAUCCUCCAUGCUAUCCAACACACCCUCAAAAGUAUUAUCAGUGCAAUGCUUUCAAGACAGUCUGCCUACGAGAUCCGGGAUGGGUGCUUCAAGCAUGCCAAUGGUCAAUAUUUCACUGAAACAACGCCGCAAGCAAGAGAAAGAGAAAACAAGGCUGAUGUCCAGUCUUCUACGGACUCGCCAAGCUCUAAUAUCGUAAGUAAGCUCGGAGUGGAUGAAGUCGAGCAGAAGGCCGUUUAUAGACUCGCUACCGGUGGCAUGGCCCCCAUGAACAAGACGCUAACAUUAGAAGAUUUACUGGAUGCCAUGCUGGUCAAUGGUAGACUGCUGGCCUCUCAUACUGUUUCUUCAUUAGCAAUAGAAAGGGUUCUGUGUAGUCUUUGGCAUCCCGAUCAAUAUCAACUUGACCAGGAUGAGAAAUUCAGGCAACAACUUGCAAAACCGUUUUCCAUGGACAGACGGUAGCAUUGAGCAACCAACAAUUGUUUUGUUUUGGAGAUAACUUGAACUAGAAAGAUUAUAUAGAAUUCAGUGAAAAUUUGAAUUCAGUUUUGUCUCACUGAACUUGUAUAGUGGGAUGAUUGGGAUCACUGGAAUGAGAUGUAGGAGUGAGAUACUGGAGUCCAUAUAUUACAAAUAUGUAAUCCUAAGACAUCUCUUGAAUGCAGAUUUAGAAGUGAGUUAAAUUUUCAGGUCACUUGUUACAUGUAUAGCUGCCUGAAUGGAUCGCCACAUGCUCAGAAAAUGAAACGCUGAGACUACAUGAACAUGAAGUGUGAACAUAACAUUCUAUCUCUGUCUUAUCUUUCCAAAGCUUCUUUUCAGAAAGGCAACUACAUGUACAUCCAAACUGCCUCUGAAAUCAUAAGUAUGUCUGAUCACCUCCACCAACAGCUAUUAUAUUGUAUUUGUGUAUUUUCUUGGGUUAGGGCCAAGUCAUGCCAGAAAUUUUUCACGUCUCUUGUCUA